AUGCCUCUCGCGCGUCUCCGCGCCUCGGCGCCGACGGCGCGCGCGCGCGCGGACGCGCGAGGGGAUGGGACGCGCGCGAGUGAAAUCAUCCAUCGACGCGCGGCGCUCGUGACGACGCUGACGACGACGCUGACGACGACGCUGACGACGACGCUGGGCGCGCGCGCGUCGGUGUUCGACGCGGUGCCGGACGCGCCGCCCGUGGGAUCGUGCGCGGAGUGCGUGGGGGAGCUGAAUGGUUUCUUGAACGCGUGCGAGACGGCGGGCGAGGCGCGGGCGAGCUGCGUGUCGAGUCAGAACGACGACGCCGAGCGGUUCGUGAACCCGUGGGCGCACGAAUACGGGAAGCGAGAGGACGCGAUGCGAGCGUUGGUCGAGACGGCGACGGGGAAGACGGCGAUCAGGGGACGGGCGGGACCGCGGGCGGGCGGGACGGCGGCCGCCGGACGGUUGUCGUUCGACGCGCGCGUGGAGGCGUACGACGAAGACACGGGCUACGUUCGAUUGCUCCUGGUGCCGCGCGGGGAUGACGAGUCUAAGGAUGCCGCGAGGGCGUUCGACGCGGAGUUCUUGUUCGAACCGGGCGAUGAGGUGGUGAACGUGCGCGUCGCCGAGCGCCCGGACGCGAGCGGGUCCGGACAGCGACGCGGAACGUUCAAGCUUAGUUACACCAAUCUCGUCACGUACGACACGAACGUCGCUCGAGAGCGAGCAGAAGAGCUUCGAAUCGCGCUCGGGUGGGAGAACCUACCCGUGAUCGCCGCCUUUGAUCCGAAGUGGAGCGACAAGGAGCAACUGUGGUUUGAGAAACUCUUCUCCGCCGCGCGAGGCGAGCGCCCGGCGGAUUACGAUUUAGAUUACAUGCGCGACGCCAUGUCGUACGAGUGA